UGAUAUGGCGCCCCGAGCCCUAAGAGAGGCUGAUGGUAAGAGUAUUCUGGCCCGCCACCUCUCCACUGCUAAAUCAUGUAACAAAGUGUGCACUGUAACUAAAGAUACUGAUUUUAACCAGCUAGCUACUCAACACCCAUGGUUACUUGAACAGAAGCUGGUUGUUAAACCGGAUCAGCUGAUUAAGCGGCGAGGAAAGUUGGGUCUGAUAAAGGUUAAUGUGGGGUUAGAUGAUGCUAUCGCCUGGAUAUCAGAAAAAAUGGGAAAAGAAAUCCAGAUAGAGCAGUGUACCGGAGAACUGAACACGUUUAUAAUCGAGCCUUUUGUCCCUCACCUACCAGAAGAUGAGUACUACGUGUGUAUCUACAGUACUAAAGAAGGAGAUACUGUUUACUUCUACGAGCAGGGAGGCGUUGACGUUGGAGAUGUGGACAGCAAGGCUCACAAACUUGACAUCCUUAUAGGGAGCUACCCGACCCACGAGGAGAUAACCACAGCUCUGUUACGCGGAGUUCCUGAGAACCGCAAACAGCUCGUAGCUGACUUCAUAUCUUCUCUCUUCAAAGUUUACUCUGAUCUCUUCUUCACCUACCUGGAGAUUAACCCUCUUGUUGUUACUAACAACACUAUCUACGCACUGGACAUGGCAGCUAAGUUAGACGACACAGCCGACUACCUGUGUAGUGACAAGUGGAAAGUAAGCGAGUUUCCUGCUCCUUUCGGGAGAAAGAGCUGGCCAGAAGAGGAGUUCAUCAAGGAUCUAGAUGAGAAGAGUGGAGCGUCUCUGAAGCUGACUAUCUUGAACCCUGAUGGAAGGAUCUGGUUGAUGGUUGCAGGAGGAGGAGCUUCUGUUGUAUUUAGUGACACAGUGUGUGAUCUGGGAGGAGCUGAUGAGAUAGCUAAUUAUGGGGAGUACAGUGGAGCUCCUUCUGAGUCACAGACAUACGAGUAUGCUAAAACCAUACUGGGUCUCAUGACUAGGAAACCGGACGAGCAGGGCCAGGGCAAGUGUCUGAUCAUAGGAGGAGGGAUUGCAAACUUCACGAACGUUGCGAGCACCUUCAAGGGAAUUGUCAGAGCACUCACUGACUUCAAACAACAACUCAUCAACAACCAGGUAAGUAUAUACGUAAGACGAGGAGGGCCCAACUAUCAAGAAGGGUUAAAAGUGAUGAAGAAUUGUGGUGAUAUGCUGGGGGUACCAAUGCACGUGUUCGGACCUGAGAUACACAUGACUGCUAUUGUGGGCAUGGCUUUGGGGAAAACUCCAGUUCCGAACCGCACUGACACUGAAAGUAGCCUGAAAGACAACUUCCUGUUUGGUAAGCAUGAUAUAGACAGACGAACACCCCAACCUCCUAGCAGUACUGAGCCAGCAGAGAAGAGAGCUAGAAACGAUCUGGACAAGAGGAUACUGGGUGCAGGUAAGGAGCACUACUCUCCCGACCAGUACAACCUGUAUGACAAGGACACAACCUGCCUAGUGUACGGUCUACAGAUAAAAGCAGUGCAGGGCAUGCUGGACUUUGACUGCUCGUGUAGGAGGGAUAAACCUUCAGUUGCAGGAAUAAUCAACCCGUUCUCUGCUAACCACAACAUCCGUCUUUACUUUGGACACAAGGAGAUUAACGUGCCCGUUUAUAAGAACAUGGCUGACGCGUUGAAGAAACACCCUGAUGUCAGUGUUCUCAUCAGCUUCGCUUCCCUCAGAUCUGCCUAUUCUUCUACUAUGAGCAUGCUCAGUCACUCGAAACAGAUCAAAUUGAUAGCUAUAAUAGCCGAGGGCAUUCCUGAGAAUAUGACGAAGAAGAUCAAUAAACUUGCUGUUGAGAAGGGAGUUAGUAUCGUAGGACCAGCAACUGUAGGAGGAGUGAAACCUGGCUGCUUCAAAAUAGGAAACACCGGUGGAAUGCUGGAUAACAUUCUGAAGAGCAAGUUAUACAGACCAGGCUCAGUAGCGUAUGUGUCCAGAUCAGGAGGAAUGAGUAACGAGCUAAACAACAUAGUCAGUAUCAACACUAACGGAGUAUACGAGGGAGUCGCUAUCGGGGGUGACCGUUACCCUGGUUCCAGUUUUAUGGAUCACAUUAAGAGAUACAACGCUAAUCCCGACGUUAAGAUGAUAAUAGUAUUGGGAGAAGUGGGAGGAGUUGAAGAGUACGACAUAGUCUCCGCUAUCAAAUCUGGAGAUAUAAGAAAAUCAGUCGUAGCAUGGUGUAUUGGAACAUGUGCUGACUACUUCAGUACUGAAGUACAGUUUGGACACGCUGGAUCGAACGCCAACAGCAAGUUGGAGACUGCUAGUGCUAAAAACUUGGCUUUACGCCAAGUCGGUGCCCAUGUGCCUGACAGUUUCGACGAUCUUGGCAAAACAAUCAGGAAAGUUUACGAGGAGCUAGUGGAGACAGGGGAGAUAGUUCCAGAGCCGGAGAUGCCACCCCCUCAGGUUCCCAUAGACUUCAAGUGGGCUCAGGAACUCGGUUUGGUUCGCAAACAGACCUCCUUUAUCUCUGGUAUUUGUGACGAGAGAGGAGAAGAGUUAUUAUAUGCCGGGGUCCCUAUGAGUGAUGUUAUCAAGGAGAACUUGGGAAUAGGAGGUGUAAUCUCUCUGCUGUGGUUCCAACGCAGAAUGCCUGAUUUCGCCUACAAAUUUAUAGAACUGUGUUUGAUAGUUACAGCUGACCACGGACCUGCUGUGUCUGGGGCUCACAACACUAUUGUCACUGCUAGAGCUGGUAAAGAUCUGGUGUCUUCUCUUACUAGUGGUCUUCUCACUAUUGGUGACAGAUUUGGAGGAGCUCUGGAUGAGUCAGCCCGACAGUUCUCUAACGCAUACGACAAGGGUGAAACACCUCUGGAGUUUGUUAAUGAGAUGAAAUGCUCUCACAAGUACAUCCAGGGUAUUGGACACCGAGUAAAGUCCCUAAAUAAUCCUGACAUGCGCGUCAGCUCUCUAGCGGACUUUGCUAAAGCUAACUUCCCCGCUACUCCACUCUUUGAUUAUGCGAGACAGGUAGAGAAAAUCACUACCUCCAAGAAACCCAAUCUGAUCCUGAAUGUGGACGGCUGUAUUGCGACUCUCUUUGUGGAUUUGUUAUACCAGAGUGGAUCGUUCAGUGUGGAGGAGGCUAGAGAUCUUAUAGAUAUAGGGUGCCUUAACGCUCUGUUUGUGGCAGGCAGGAGUAUUGGUUUUAUUGGCCACUAUCUCGACCAGAAGAGAUUGAAGCAGGGCUUGUACAGACAUCCUUGGGACGACAUCGCCUACAUGAACCCCGGUGGGGAUUAAUCAGCAGGAAACAGAAUAUUUAUAAGAGGGCAGACCUCUAACUGUGGACAUAUUGGUGUGGCCCCGUACUUUGACUAGCGCGCGGCGUCACGUGGUAAUACGCAGCUAGAGGGAGCCGCGCACUCGUUAAUGGUUAAAUUAUGUAGUCUCCCUCGUCUUGAAUAAUUGUUAGAGCAAGAUUUGUUGAUUUGCAUGCAUAAAAUCAUGUCCAUUCGUGUAUAUUGGCCAUGUUUUACGAACUUGCUGGAACAAGUUUUUUUUGUUUGAUAACUUAUCUGGUGGUAAAAUUACUUUUUGGUAAAACUAAAAUUACUUUUUGUUUGAACUUUAAAGUUUCAAUGUGAAUGUACUUCAAAACAUAAGAAGAGAGAAAGUUUUUCUCACAGCAGUUAGAGAAGUGUUUAGCUUGACUAAUGAAAAUCCCGAUGUUAUAGUUUCUGAACGUUUCAUUACAUAGAAGUUUAACAGUUUAUUUAUUCUAAAAUUUAACUUUCUCAUUAACAUGAAUUUGA